AGCUAAAUUCUCCACAGCUAUCUCUUCCCUAUUCAUCUUAUGUUCAUGAUCAGAAGAUUACAACACCUCCCAAGCAUUCUGUAAGAAAGAUAAAUGGCACUAAGCAAUAAUGUCAUCGGAGCCAUCAACUUCGUCGCCAUGCUCCUCUCAGUGCCGAUCAUAGGGGCGGGGAUCUGGCUGGCGACAGAACCGGACAACUCUUGCGUGAAAAUCUUACAAUGGCCUGUGAUCAUACUGGGAAUAUUGAUCUUGGUCGUAGCACUAGCAGGCUUUGUCGGAGCGUUUUGGCGAAUCCCAUGGCUCCUUAUUUUGUACCUGGUCGCCAUGCUUGUUCUCAUAAUAUUGCUCGCCUGUUUGGUCGUUUUCAUCUACAUGGUCACCAUCAGGGGCUCCGGCCACCUUGAGCCGAGCCGGGCUUACUUGGAAUAUCAUCUUGAUGACUAUUCCGGCUGGCUUCGUCGAAGGGUUCAGAGUUCUUACAAGUGGGAGCGCAUAAGGAGCUGUCUUAGCUCAACAACUAUGUGUGCUGAGCUGAGCCAGAGUUAUCGCAUGGCUCAGGAUUUCUUUAAUGCCCAUAUUAGCCCCUUACAGUCAGGAUGCUGUAAGCCACCGACCCAAUGUGGGUACACAUUUGUGAAUCCAACCUACUGGAUAAGUCCCAUUAACACCGCCGCCGACAUGGAUUGCCUGCAGUGGAGCAACGAGCAGACCCAACUUUGCUACAACUGUGAUUCAUGCAAAGCUGGAUUGUUGGCCAAUCUGAAGAAGGAAUGGAGAAGAGCAGAUAUUAUAUUGCUCAUAACUCUUGUUGCUUUGAUAUGGGUUUAUUUGAUAGGGUGUUGCGCAUUCAGGAAUGCUAAAACUGAGGACCUCUUUCGCAGAUACAAGCAAGGUUAUGUCUGAGAGACACAAACACACAUGCAUAUCAACUAGUGUCCUCUACGAUUAUCUAUCUGAACGGUAGAUGAAUGGGACAAAUGAUUAUGAGAAAUUACGCAUGAGAAUCACAUGAUCAGAUAAGUGAUUGGACAAUUUAAUUUUUAUUUGAUCAGGUGAAUUUUAUCAAUAAUCUCUCACAAUCUUCUGCUUAAAUCAUCUACUAUUCGAACAAAUAGUUGUAAACAAUCAUGAAUGAUCCGGGUGACAUUUUGGAUAUUUUUGUAUUAUACGAAGCAUGCACUAUUUCUUUUCUUUGUCGUUGGGUUUGAUGAAAUGAUUAGUGUUGAAAACUGAGCAAAUUUGUCAAAGGAGUGUGCGUGGUUUGCGGAGGGCACCGAAAGCUGAUUGCUUUGUCCAAGUUAAAGUUAUUGACAUGGUUGAGUGUGGAACCCAAGGGUGACUUUUGUUGAA